AUGCAGCUGUACGGAGUGGCCAACUCACCGUGCGUCAAGUCGGCUGCCGAUGCUCCAGCUGGGGCGAUGUCACCUCGGCUGGGUGGAAUUGAGACCGAUGGAAGCGAUGAGAUGGUGGAAAAUGGCCCACGCGAGUCGUGGAUCCAUCUGGCGCCGACUCCGUGCGGAUGCCCAGUCCGCGAGCAGUUCGAGGUGGCGCCGGCCGGCGGCUCGAUCCAUCCCGCACACGCCCCGCAUCCGUACACAACCCACGUCCAGGUCUUCCGGAGCGAAGAAGACGAGACUGGGCUCGAUGGCUGGAUUCCAGGAGAUGUGGCGGCACGAAUCGACGGCACGCGCUACUCGGUCACUGCAGCCGCACCCGACGCGCUAGCGUUGGCGGCGACGCUGUUUAUCCCGGGCUGCUUCGAGAUCAAGGUCCACGUCUUCGCGCUCGACGCGGCAGGCGCUGAGCCUGGUGAUGCGGUCUUGGCGCACACACUGAACUACGUCAUGAGGUCAGUGGCGUCGGCGGCGGUGACACUAACCGGCGCCGGCGGCUGCACGCUGGCGAUGGGUAGCAACGGGCGGCGGGUGCUGCGGCUCUCGCCUACAAGCCCGUGCGCGCGAGUCAGCCUACUCGGUCCGCAGCUUGCGCCGGUCGAAGUUCGCGUUGUGCUGGUGUGGGACAGCGACGAGGCGCCGCCGCCGGCACGGACGCUGGCGCUGACGGCGACCGGCGGGCUGGAGACCAUCGUCGAGCUGAGGAGCAAGGCACCUGCGGUCCUGCUCCCGCUAGUGGUCCUGGAGCCGUGGCGGGCGAGGGCGCCGACAUCAGCUGAAUGGACGCCGGGCCUGCAGCGGAUGGACUUGAUUAUCCCCCGCUACAACUACACGGAACGGAUCGAGCUCCAGUUUGGCUGA